CAAUCAUUGUACGCUACGUAUACUUGUUAAUUUCACUUCAAAAUUGCAUCUCAUGAUAGGUACACGCUUCUCAUGUCUGAUCCAAUCGCAUCCGAUUGUUUUGUUCUGUCGUUACAGCAAUUUUGACAAUUCGAAAUUUUAUUCUCUCGCCAGUUUUAAAACUUAUCAAUCACCUCCUUGAGAAAGAUACGAAAGUGACUGUCACAAUCGUGGACUCGAGAUACAAACGAAGUUACGAUUUGUCCAGAUUGAUAAAAAAAAAUAUGGAUACUUAAAAUUUACUCACGGAAGAAUCCCAUAGAAAUGCGACGCCUUUAAUUUUAAAACUGCUUAUUGAAUAUAUAUUACAUCAUAUCCAACAUCAUUAUGAUACGCAACCGUAGACGGCAACAGGGCUUGGAGACUGGGAUAUUUAUGCUGUGUAUGCAGGUCCUAAACUUUGGACUUGACAAAAUUCCACCUGCAACUCUAAUUGGAGUCAUCGCACAGACUUUAUUAUAUGCUGGAUUAAUACGAGUGCCAUGGAACGCGGAGGAAGUAUGCAUAUCAGCCGUGAAAAUAAUCAAGUACAAAGAUUGGCGGUCGUUCUUCCUCUCAAAUUUUGAACAUGGAUCAGACAUGCAUUUAUAUUACAACAUGAUUUCUUUCAUUCUGAAAGGCUCCUACUUGGAGCCCCUCUAUGGAACAACAAACUUUGUACUUUUAUUAGCUAUUUUGUCCUUUGGAUGUAGCGUCAUGUACGUAUCCCUAGGCUACAUACUGAUGCAGUUAACAGGAGAUUACGGAUAUUUUACGGCUUGCGCCAUUGGCUUUUCCGCCACUUUAUUUGCAUUGAAAGUCGUCGCGUUAUGCGAGGAACGCGACAAAUUGCACAAUAUCAGCGGAUUUAUAGUACCAAGUAAAUUAGCAGUGUGGUUCGAGCUGAUAUUGAUACACCUGUUAGUUCCAAAUUCUUCCUUCAUCGGUCAUCUGGGGGGUAUUUUAGUUGGAUGCUUAUAUUCUUAUACAUUUAUCGGGGAAACACUCGACAACUUGAUACAUACGAUAACUGGUACGCCUAUUAUACAUGAAGAACAAUUUUAUAGAAGACGAAAUAGAUUAUUUACGUAACAUUUAAUAUGGAAUAAAAUCGCGUUAUUUAAAAAUAUUCAACGGAGCACAACUAGAAAGAGUGUAAUUUUUAAGAUUUCUAUAAUUUAGGACUGGAUGAUACAGUGGAGGGCAUCGAUACUUUCACUGUAUCAAUACUCUCUGCUAUAUCAAUCCCUACAGUGAUAUUGAAUAAAUAUAUAAUAUAUAAUGAACAAAGAGAAGUUAAUCUAUUUACAGUAAAUUAGAUUUUUUAUUAAAGUCUAAAUAAAGCCUAAACGUCUAUAUUCAUAUAUUUUUUUAUCAAAUAUUCAACCCAAAAAAUAAAAGUUGAAAAUAAAUUAUUUUAUGAUCAGAUACUGAUAUGUAAUAAUGUUCUUGGUUUAAAUACGAUAAAUACAAAAAAAAAACCAUGACGACUUAAAAGCAAAUGAAA